AGUGUUCUCUGCUCGUCGGGGCCGCAGCAGCGCAGGGCAGAAACAGCAGCAGCCAGCAGCAGCAGCAGCAGCAGCAGCCAGCAGCAGCAGCAGCCAGCAGCAGCAGCAGCAGAAGCAGCAGCAGGCAGGAUGGCAGCGGGACCGUGGCUGCUCGUGAUGGCGGCGUGCUGCGCGCGCUCCGCGGCCGCCUUCCACGUCAUCGACGGCGCCAGCCCGCUCAACCUGGAGGAGGCCGAGGGCGUCUCGCACAACAACGUCAUGAUGUGCUACGUGUUCGCGUCGCAGCUGGACGCGACGCUCACGAAGAACCCGUUCCCGGAGUUCCUGUGCCUGUGCUCCACGCUCGUUAUCCUCAAGGCGGAACUGCUGCCCAAUGGCUUCGUGGUCGUGGAAGACCCCAUCUUCUGGAAAGGACUGAUGCAGAAGCUGCUGAUGGUGCGCAUGCGCGUGCCGCACCUCAAGGUGGUGGUGUCGGUGCACGGGUCGGCCAGCUACUCGGCCGUCACCAGCAGCCCGCUCACCAUGCUGCAGUGCGCGCGCAACAUCGCCAUGUGGCUGCGAGAGUACCGCUUCCACGGCUUCGAGAUCGACUGGCAGUACCCGUGCGUGGGGCCCGGGUCAUCUCCGCUCGACAGGGUAAACCUCCCUGUCUUCCUGAGGGCUCUGGAGCGUGAGCUGGACAAGGUCGAUGGUGAUGCGUGCAUAAUACUGAGGGUGGGGUACCAACCGUCGCUUCUCACCACGUCCUACAUACCGAAGGAGCUCGGCGGCUUCGUGGAGAAGAUCGUGCUGGACGUGCUGGACAUGCACGACAGCGCGGCGGGCACCGCGGGCUUCGACGCGCCGCUCUACUACCGCCCCGGGGACAGGGACCGCUUCAACAACGUGGACGCCGUGGUGCGGCUGUGGAGGAAGGCCGGCGUGUCCGCGGACAAGCUGGUGCUGAACGUGCCUGUGUUCGGCACCAGCUACCAGCUGGCGGAGGGCGCUCGAGUCGACCCGGGGGCUGCCACCGUGGGACCGGGCCCGCCGGCCUGGAUCACCCGCGAGCCCGGCAUCAUGUCCUACAAGGAGGUUUGUGAAUUGGUCUCCGACAAGUCGAGCGCCUGGAAGACCAUCUACGACCAGUUCGCGAUGAUCCCCUACUCCACGGACGGGAAGGCCUGGGUGAGCCACGAGAACAUCAAGUCCGUCACGUCCAAGGCACUGUACGCUAUCGCCAACGAUCUGGGCGGCGUGGCGGCCUACACGGUGGACAACGACGACGCCGAGGGCACCUGCCACCAGGAGCGCUAUCCGCUGCUCUCCGCCUUGCUAGAGGUCACCGAGCCCAAGAGGUUCCUUGCCUGCCGCAACAUGAACCUGUACGUGAACGUGUCUGCGCUGGGACAGCAGAUGAUGGGACGGCAGAUGAUGGGACAGCAGAUGAUGGGACAGCAGAUGAUGGGACAGCAGAUGAUGGGACAGCAGAUGAUGGGACAGCAGAUGAUGGGAGAGCAGAUGCCGGCCCCAGGGAUGGGCGACCCGGGGACCCAGGUGGGGCCGAACCCGCCGCGGGUCUAGGGUCGACCUGGGGACCCAGCUGGGGCUGACCUCGCCGCGGAUCUAGGGUCGACCCGGGGACCCAGCUGGGACUGACCUCACUGCGGGUCUAGGGUCGACCUGGGUACCCAGCUGCGGGUCUAGAGGCUUCGGCAGGGGAGUCUGUGCGGCGCAGUCGUUGCGGGUACUGUGUUGAACUACAGCCAACGAGGACUUUUCACCGGAAACACGUAUCUCAAUCUGGUUUCAAUAAAUUAAUCCAUUAUAACUAAAAAUUAUUUUACUCAUAUCUUCCUCUCUUGUAUUAAAUUAGGAAUAUGAUUUAGAAAGACUGCAAGGAAUUUCAAAAUACUGUGUAGUAUUUGUGAAAUGGUAUUUAAUUAAAAUGCAUUUAAUGCGUUGUUUACGUUCAUUUACACUUUCCCUAUUUUCACAACCAAAUUUUUUCUUUGUUUUUUAAAAAAAAAAUGUAUAAAAGGUUUAUAUUGUUUUACAAGAUAUUUCAAUCAUAUAAAUUUCUAGCUGUACCCUGCCACGCUUCGCUGUGGCUUCUUAGCUGAAUGUAAAAGAACAUAAUCCGUUUAGUAAACUCCGUUGAAAUCCAUGAAAACAAAAGAAUCAAGAGAAAACGCUUGUCUUUUGUUUUUAUUAGCGGGAUAAAUGUUCAUAAAAGUAAAACAGCAAUAAAAAAAUGAAGGAACGUUAGAAUUCAAAAAAUAAAUAGCCAUAAACCAUCUAGGAAAAAUUUCGCAUCGAAUGGUGGUAGUUUCAUGUCGAUACGAUCAGUGGUUUAGGCGUGAUUGAGCCUCAAACGAAGACCAUUAUCAUUAUAUAUAUAUAUAUUAUCAUACACAUUUAUAGAUUCGGUUUUUUUUAAGUUGUUUGAGGUACUUUGGAUAUUUAUAUUAAUUGUAAUAUUGAGUUUUAUUUCAUUUUUUAAAUAAAAUAAUUAUUUAAUAAUUGAG